AUGGCUACCGCCGUCCCGAACGACGUCGACCGCAGUCUCGAGGAGGCCGGCAAGCCGCCGCCAGGGAUUGUCCUUCCACCACGCGACAUCCGCGCCAUCGUCGAAAAAACCGCGGGAUACGUUGAGCGUAACGGCCAAAUCUUCGAGCAGCGAAUCCGCGAAAAAGAAAAGCACAACCCCAAAUUCUCGUUCCUCGCCACGUCCGAUCCGUACUACAAUUUCUAUGCCUGGCGCCUGGACGAGAUCCGGUCCGGCCGGGGCACCACGCUCUCUGCGGGUCGCGCCAACGUCGUCGCCGAAGCACCGAAACCCGCAGGUCCCAAGGAACCCCCAGAAUUCAAGUUCUCGGCACGGAUGCCGAACAUUUCCGCGCAGGAUCUCGACAUCGUACGGUUGACCGCCCUCUUCGCCGCCAAGCACGGCCGCGGAUUCCUCACGCAUCUUUCCCAGCGCGAGGCCCGUAACUACCAGUUUGACUUCCUCCGUCCCAACCACAGCUUCUACCAGUUCUUCUCACGAUUGCUGGACCAGUACACGGAGCUUCUGCAGCCGCGUGGCGGACCCAGCGUAGAGGAGCUUACGCGCAACGUGCAGGACAAAUUCCACAUUCUCGAGGAGGAGGAAGACCAAGAGCGGCUUGCGUAUGCGCAGAUUGACUGGCACGAUUUCGUGGUCGUCGAGACCGUCGUCUUCACCGAGGCAGACGACCAGACUGAUCUGCCGCCGCCGCAGAACCUGCAGGAUCUACAGUUCGCCUCGCUCGAGCAGAAGAAUAUGAUGUCCCUCCACCCGUCCGCCCUACGUAUCGAGGAGGCGAUGCCAACUGCAGACGACUACGCAAUGAACUACCCUCCCGCGCAGCAGCAGCAACAGCAGCAGCAACAGCAGCAGCAGCAGCAGCAACAAGUCUGGAUCCCGGCGCCCGCCCCACCGCAACCCAGCCACAACGAGCCACAGCCAAUGCAGCUCGACCACCACCAGCAACAGCACCCCAAGCAAACCAGCAUGAAGAUCCGCCCGUCGACCUUCCCCCGCGCGCUCCAGAAACGUCACCAAGAGGCCACCGGUAUCUGCCCCAACUGCCAACAGGCGAUCCCGCUGUCCGAGAUGGAGGCGCACAUGCGUAUCGAGCUUCUCGACCCGCGCUGGAAAGAGCAGCGUGCGCGCGCGGACGCCAAGUUCGCCACGACAAAUCUCAACACCAACGACACGGUGGCGAACCUGAAGCGGCUGGCGAGUCAGCGUGACGACCUGUUCGAUAGUGCGACGGGAGAACACAUCUCGCCCGAGGAGGUGGAGCGACGAAAGAAGGCUGCGACUGGCGGCGCGUGGGAUGGAACGAGCGAGAGCAGGGAGACGGUCAAGAUGCGGAGCUACGAUGUCAAUGAGCAGAUUCAGGCGAUACAUCGGAAGGCGGUGCAGGCGGCUAAUCCUGGGGUCGGGCCGAGAAGAGCGUAG